AUGGAAUUGUGGAUCAGGCAGAUUUUAUCGCCAGUUAACGCUACUUUGUUAUUUAUUUUAGAUGCUGGUAGUUUUAUAAUAAGAAUUAUUGAUAAUGCAUAUCUUUCUGGCAUAUCAGCUUCAGCCUACCCAGGAAUCAAGCAGAUCGGCCUUCUAGGACGAACUGGUCUCGUUCCACUGCACGAAGAGCCAUGCUUCUCGAAGGUCGCAAACCAAUUGCUACCAAUUGGCCGGUUGCUACGCGGCGAAUUGUUGCGCUAUCUGAAUGCCACUCAAGUUGACUUGGAUGACGUGUUGCGUCGAGCUCCCGUUCGGCAGAUUCUUGCCGCUCAAUUGGCUGUUGGUGCCCAGCUUCAGGCGCGAUCCGCUGUCGAGGACGCCGAACAGUCUGAAGUAGCCUGGCGCCCGGUGUUCGGACCUUGGAUCACACGUAGCCUCUUCUUGGGUCACUGCCAGACAGAUGGAAGUGGCUGGCGGGCCGGACUCGAAUCUGCCUUUAUCCGGCCCGAAACCGUCUUUGCUGCCGCCAAUUUGCUGGUUGGCUUGGACGCCAGGAUGAUGGAAGUAGAGGCAUUAGCAGUGCAACGAAGGCUGGCUGAGAUCAGGGCCGGAUUGAUGAGCAAAGCGAAAGGGUUGACGACAGCGACUAAAAGAGGGUUAGAGCAGGCAAAUAAGUGGGUCAAUGAGGAGGAGGAAACAGGUGAACAGAGAAAUGAGGUGGUUGCUGGCUCCCGCUUUCUACGAUGGGCCAUCCGAACUUUUGUUCACGCUAAGCUGCAUGUCCACUAUACCAUUGACUGGAUGAUCACUGAGAUUCUAUCAUUCGCCUAUCGGGGGGAUCAGACUGAGACAGGCGAAACAGAAAAAAGAGCUGCCGGAAAACACAAAGAUUCACCGGAAAAGUUGACAGCCUCAUGUCUUUCCAUCUUUCCGGUUGGUGACACGCCUACCAGGCCCAAUGGAUAG